AUGGUAAGACUCCCAUUAAAAUCAUCAUCUAAUCUUUUGGGAUCUUCCAGACAACGUGCCUUCCGAUGCCUCCAAGGACAAUUUCGCAAGUUCGAGGGAAACCAAGAAUAUUGUCAGCUCUACAAGGACUUCCUCACUGAAUACGAACAACUCAAGCACAUGAAGAAGGCUCCCUCAGACAUCUCGCAUCCCAGAUACUAUUUGCCGCAUCAUGGAAUUCUCAAACCAGACAGCUCCUCCACCAAAUUGCGAGUAGUGUUCAAUGGUUCCAGUCCCACCUCAACAGGCCUCUCACUGAACGACAUCAUGCACACAGGAGCGAAAGUUCAGUUAGAUGUUAUUGAUGUAUUGUUCUGGGUACGUCGUUUUAAAUUUGUGUUUUCCACAGACAUCGCGAAGAUGUAUAGACAGAUCAUGGUGCAUCCAGACGAUUGGGAUCUCCAGUGCAUUCUCUGGCGAAACUCAGAAGAUGAGAUAGCGACGUACCACCUCACCACCGUCACCUAUGGAACCAAGGCUGCUCCUUUCUUGGCCAUUCGAGUCCUCCUCCAACUCAUCGAAGAUGAAGGUCACAAGUAUCCACUCGCCAUUCCACCACUCACCAAAGGUCGCUAUGUUGAUGAUAUAUAG